AUGUCACCCUCCGCCGACCUCCCCGAGACGCGCGAGACACUCGAGGCCAUCGCCGCCGCCGACCAGUCCCAGACCAUCGCCGAGCUGCGCAAGACGCUCACCUCCGAGACGACCCCUCUCCCCAUCCGCUUCCGCGCCCUCUUCUCCCUCAAGCACGUCGCCUGCAACAGCAAGGGCGCCGACAGCGAGGCCGCCAUCGAGGCCAUCGCUGCAGGCUUCGCCUCCCCCUCGGCCCUGCUCAAGCAUGAGCUCGCCUACUGCCUCGGCCAGACGGCUAAUCUCGUCGCCGUCCCCUACCUACGCAAUGUCCUGACCGACCUCCAGGAGGACCCUAUGUGCCGCCACGAGGCCGCCGAGGCCCUUGGUGCGCUGGGUGACGCUAGCCAGCUGGACAUCCUGAGGGAGUACAGAGACCGCGAGGGCGAGGACAUCUGCAUUGUUGAGACGUGCGAGAUUGCCAUCGACCGUCUCGAGUGGGAGAACUCUGAGCAGAGAAAGCUGGAGAAGUUGCGUAAGAGCGACUUCACGUCCGUCGACCCCGCGCCUCCCAUGGAAGAGUCGCAGCGCACCGUGCCAGAGCUCGAAAAGACUCUCAUGGAUUCGAGCCUGCCCCUUUUCCUGCGCUACCGCGCCAUGUUCGCCCUGCGCGACCUCGCGUCGCCGCCCGACCUGCCGACCGCCGUCCCCGCGGUGCUGGCCCUCGCCAAGGGCCUCGCCGACUCCUCCGCCCUGUUCCGCCACGAGAUCGCCUUCGUCUUCGGUCAGCUGUCGCACCCGGCCUCCAUCCCCGCGCUGACCGAGGCGCUCAGCAACACCGAGGAGGCCAGCAUGGUGCGGCACGAGGCCGCCGAGGCGCUGGGCAGCCUGGGCGACGAGGAGGGCGUCGAGGCGACGCUCCUCAAGUUCCUGCACGACAAGGAGAAGGUUGUGCGCGAGAGCGUCAUCGUGGCGCUGGACAUGGCCGAGUUCGAGUCAAGCGGCCAGACGGAGUAUGCGUUGAUUCCCGAGGCGGCCAAGGCGGCUGCUUGA